AUGUCCUACAGCUGCUGCUCUGGCAACUUCUCCUCCCGCUCCUUUGGGGGAUACCUGCGCUACCCAGCUUCCUCCUGUGGCUCAUCCUACCCCAGCAACCUGGUCUACCGCACUGACGUCUGCUCUCCUAGCACCUGCCAGGUGGGCUCCUCCCUCUACAAUGGCUGUCAGGAGACCUGCUGUGAACCUGCUAGCUUCCAGACAUCGUGUGUGGUGUCCAGCCCCUGCCAGACAUCCUGCUACCGCCCAAGGACCUCCAUGCUCUGCAGUCCCUGGUGGACUACUUAUCCUGGGUCUGUAGGCCUUGGGUCCAGAAGCUGCUACUCACUGGGCUAUGGAUCCCAGGGCUUCAGACCCCUGGGUUAUAGAGUCUGUGGCUUCCCUUCUCUGAGCUAUGGAUCCAGUGUCUAUCACCCAAUGUAUUUUCCUUCCAGGAAUUUCUGCUCAUCUUCUUACUGGCCACGCUGUAGAUCUGGCUUCUACCAGUUAGUGUGUUAA